AUGAAAGCCAAAGGCGAACUAACCGACCUCGAACUCCACGCCUACGAAUCCCGCCACACCGAACUCCUCGCCGAGUCCCAACGCCUCAUCGCAAAGCUCUACCAGCUACACCCCACGCGCAAGGACCCCUACAACCGUCACGAAGCCAUCACGCCCGAGCCGACCGCCGAGCUACGGAAGCAGAUCGAGGACGUGAUGCACGAGGAGUGGCAGACGCGGUGGGAUUCGACGACGCUGGAGACGUUUAUUGAUCGUGAGUAUAAGUUGAGGAAUAGGACGGUGGGGAAGGUGGUUAGGGAUUGGCUAAGCUAG